AUGGCGGGUGGGCUGGGUAUGGGGGCGUCGGCUGAGCUGAAGGAAGGGGUGAAGGAGGACAUGGCGCACCGCGUCGGUGAAGCUACGGUGCAGCUAUUGCUGCAAAAGAGACACGACGAAGAUCCUACCUGCAUUCAGAUCGCCUUUCAAGCGUGUCUCAUGAGGCACCUGAGCGAGAUCAUCGAGGCGUGGACUCUUCACCGUAAAUGCAACGUGGACGACGGGCCCUUUGGUAGAGUGUAUCAUGAGAUGUAUACCCAUGAGGAUCAAGCGGUGUCGGGACGCUGGCGCGCGCUAACUCGCUCAUACCUCCGAGCUGUGUCUGACCACAACGGCAUCGUCAAGGGCCAAACACGCCAGCUCGUUGUCCAGCUAGUUUACAUUGCGCUUCUGGCAGGCGUAAAGGGUCCAAGCAAACAGCUCUUCGAGAUGAUCUCGAGCAGGUUCGGCAGCACGAUCCGUUCGUUGAUGAACCAGGCGCUUGAUAUCCGCAAGGUGAUCGGCGAGGACAUAAUCUCGGGCGAUUUCAAGUUGCUCCUUCCGUCCGACGUCCCAUUUGAUGAGUCGAUGGAGGAUGCUUAUCCGACAGACGCGAUGAGCAAUGCGGAGAUCCGGCAGGAUGCAGUGGUCGUCCGUACCGCAGAGGUGGGGCUCAUGCGCGUAGUGAAAUCGGACUCAGAGGACUUGAACACAACACUCCUCCUGAAACCAAAGGUCAUCCUCGAGCUCUCAUUGAAUGAGCUGAAUGGGAACCGGUCGGAGCUUUGGGGUGCUGCAGAAGAACCGACAGAGUCGAAUGGGCCGUAG